UAUUCGGUUGCGUACGAUGAGUUGAUUAAAUUUUCGAGUGGCAUACGAACUCGAUUCAUCAAGUCCGAGUUUGACAACCUCACUCAAAAACAGGAAUCGAGUAGCACUUGGUACUUGAUUUGGUACUUAGCAGUAAACAAAAAUAUUUAUUAAACGAAAUAUAAAAAUAGUAAUUAAACCAACUUUUUAUUAUAUUUAUUUUUACGAUACAAUUGAAUUUAUAGUCAAUGUUAUUGGUUGUGGUCUUAUAUUAUGAAUCAGAUAUUUAAGCGUGUCAAUUUAAUUAAUUUAUUUUAUAUUUAUAAUUAUUAGACGUCCUUACACAUGUCUACUGAUGUCAUUAGUAAUUUAUAUACCAUAGAAAUUGUUAUAACAAACUUGCUUACCAUGUAAUUAAACGAAGUCAAUAUGCAACCUGAACUUUUAACUGAUGUUAGUAUUUAUCGUAAAUCAUUUCCACAUUUUGAUCGACCUAAAGUAAUAGGUUACAUAGGACUGGAGAAUCUUAAAUUUUUGAAGCAUCUUCAUGAUGAAGAAAAAGAAGUAAGAUUUGACUUAAAUCUUAAUUUGGAUGAAGCUAAACGUCGUCCACUGGAUUUAGAUGUGAAGUUAACAGACUUGUUGCUAUUUUUAAGGGAACAUAAAUUUAGGCUUGCUUAUCCAUUACAAAAUGCUUUAGAAAAUUCAAUUUUUUAUUGUUACCGAGGUCUUAUGACAUGUAUUUCAUGCACACCAUAUGAAAAUUCAGAGCCAUGGAAAAUUGUGGUCAUAUUGUAUGAAGGAAAUAUUUAUAUGUGUGCCAGACCAACUGAUGAAAGUCUUAAAAGAAAAUAUAGCAUGACAGAACGGGAUAAGCGUUUUCUUUCAUGGGGUUAUAAAUUUGAGCAAUUUAUUUUGUCUGACAAACCAGACACUCAACCUAAUCCAUAUGUUCCUGUUGAUGAAACUGAGGAGUUUUCAUUGAUAUUUAAAACAAAGUUAAAUAAACACACAAUAGUGUAUGGGGCUGAAAUGGAUGGAAUUCAUUGUGGUGGUAAAUCAAUACCAUUACCCCCCAAAGCAGAAGGUGUGGAUGCAGUUAUACAAUAUCUGGCUACAAAAGAAUUUAUCGAACUAAAGACGAAUAGGCAUAUAGAAUUUAGGAGGCAAGAUGAAAAUUUCAGACGCUACAAAACAAAGAAAUGGUGGUGUCAAUCAUUUUUAGUUGGAAUAGACAAAAUACUCUGUGGAUUCAGAAAUGAUGAAGGUAUAGUUGAAAAACUGAAUACCUAUAGUAUAAAAGAUUUGGUGAAAAUAUCUCAGAAUUAUUGGGAUCCAAAUGUUUGUUUUAAUUUUAUGGAUACCUUUUUCACAUACGUCAAAAGAUGUUUGGCUCGAGAAGUAAAACGAAAACACGGCGAGAAAGCCGUUGACAACCUGCAGUCCCUCCCUAUCGUAUCUCUACUCCUGGAAUGGAACCCAGGUAUGCCAGUACGCGUUGCUGAAGACUACAAUUAUGAAGAGGAUCCUAUACUACCAGAGUGGUUCCUGAAUAAAAAUAAUGUUUAAGUAAUUAAUAUGAAUAUAAUUGUUAUAGAUAUAAAGCCUUUAUUUUAAUAUAACAUAUACAAAUAACAUGUAUUUUCUGAAACGCCGGUACUGAGAAACACUAUUUUAAAAUCGUUAUCGUCGUCGUUACAUCUGUCUGUGGGCAAUAGAAAUGAAAUUCCUAUACACAUAUCUACUCAUAUGAGUACCUCCAAGGUAUUAAUUACUAAUUACUCAUAUUGAUACCUUUAGGAUUAUUUUACGGAAACUAUAAAAGUAUCUGGUUUUAUGUUAUUUUAGGCUUCAAGUGGUUUGUUAUUGACGUUUCCAUUACCAGAAAUUUAGUCAUAAAUUGACAAAGAUUUUUAUAGGUAUAUAAGCCGGGCAGAUAUUUCUGAAGUUAAUAAAUUAAACUUUAAUGCGGUUAUUUUUAAUUCUAUUAGAAUUGAAGGCACAUUUGUUUGUGUAGUAAAAAGAGCAGAGCUAUCUUUAUUAUUUAUGUCACGGUUACUUGUAUUUACAACUUAAAUUAUUUUAAUAUUCUGUGGAUCAGUAUUUUAAGGAAAAUAGUACAAUAUUAAAGUAUAGUAAUUUUUAAAUUUAUUAAAUAAAAGUAAAACAACACUAUGAUACCAUUUAUUAUCACUGUAUAGCAAAUGGUGUAAAUCAACAUCCAUAAAAGACUAAUCAACAACAUGGAUAUUAUCACUUAAAAUUAUAUAUUUUACAGUUAAAAUUAAAUUUCAUUAUACAUUUAUAAAAAAAUAGGAAUAAAAACAAUAAAAAACAGAACAACAUAUUUUUAAUACAAACAAUGUCAUGCAUAUGCCUACAUAAUCAUAUUGUAUUUACAUAACAUUAGUUAUUUUUAGUAACAAAAUCUCCAUCGUAUGACUUCACACGUGUCAUUUCAAACAUCAAAUAAAUCAUAUCCUUAAUAAUACUUUGUAAAAUUUUACUUACUCAAAAAUCUUACAUAAAUAUAUUUCAAAUCUAUAAAAUGAAAUAUUAAAAAUAAUAUACAAACUAUUUCCAUAGUUUAAAAAUGUACAUGGUAUUAUUAUUUAGCUAAUUAAGUAUGGGUGGUAUAUGCAUAAAUUAUUACGUAUUCGAGAUACACGGAAUGCAGUUAUAGAUGGCCAGGUAAUAUUAAAUUAUAUGAUUCUUGGACGCCGUAAAAUUUUACAAAGUUAUUAAAACUUGUUUUGUUAUUGAUCAUAUUUAUUAGAUAAAAGUAAUAAAAUCUAUUAAGUAAAGAAACUUUUUGAUAACAUAAAUAGUUUCGUUAGUACUACUUGAUCACAAGCGUUUUGCGAUAUAACAAGUACAUGUAUAUAACAUUAAACAUUAAUUCCAUUUACACGAAACAGGUAGUCUCAUUCUCAACUUUAAAAGUUCAGUUAAAGUACUAGUAAAUAAUUGUUAUAAAAGUAAAACUUAAAUGUACACAAUAAUGUUACAACAAUUAAUCAACUAUUACAAAUUAUCAUUUUGUUGAUGAUGUAUUGUGGGGAGUAGUAUGGCGACAGUUAAACAUCGCUGUGUUGCUUGUAACGGGAGGAAGCUUGCUAUCCCCACUGCUACAAUACCCAAUAGGACAAUGCAUGAAAUUGACGAACUAUAUAUAUGUAUAUUAACUAUAGCUAUUGUUAUCAUCAGUAGAUUUCUAUCAAAGCAUAUUAUUGCAACAGCAGUAAAAGGGAUAAAUCUUAAAAGUAAAUAUUCUGUCGAUUACUUUACUGUAAUGCAUACACUUUAAUUUUGUUGUGAUAUUUGGUGUGGAUAUACAUGAUAUAAGAUAAACAUGAAUACUGACGAUGACAUUAUUUAUAGAAUAUUGUUUUAUAAUUAUUAUAUUUAAUAUAACUAGUAAUCGUAUAAAUGUGAAACAGAUUAGAUUAGGGAUCUUUGGAGCGGUGGUUUAAAUUUACUUUCAGUGUUAUUAUAUAAACAAUAACUUAUGUUAUGUAUUAUAAAAUAGACGCAAAAUGUGUAUCGUUAUUGAUUAAUAGUCUGGUAAUAAAAUAAUUCUAUUCAUUUUAAAUUGUAAAGCGCAUAUUUUGAUACUUGAAAAUAUACUAAAAUUUAUAUCAGCUGUUUACUGAAAGAAAUUUACAAUAAUAUGCUUACAUUAUUUAAUAGAUUUAUUAAAUACUUUAAAAUUUUAGUACCUCAAACAAUUUAACGGGACAGAGUCAAAAUCAACACAAUUAUAAUACAUAUGAUAAAGGUAUAUUAUAGAUAUGUUGAUAGGGGUAUAAUAUUCAAGUCUAAUAACGUUACAAAUGUUUUAAUAUUUUAUGAAUUAUGUCAAUGAAGCUUUUUAUUUAAAACAAACAACUGAGAAAUAGAAUAAACACUAAUUUAGAUAUUUACAAGACACAUUAAUACCUAAUAAGAUUACUAAAAUGUACAACUUAAGAGUAGUUAGGUACUAGUCGAUUUUGGUAAAUUAUACCAAAUUGGAAUAAUGCUAGUGAAUCUGAUCACUGAGGUCUUCGUUGUCUACCUCUAUCGCUUUCCCCUCUAUAUAACGUGAAUAUCAUGCAAAUCAUUUUGAAAAAUCUACAAUCUUUAUAACAGUCUUCGAUUUCCCUUACAAAUAGGUAUAUCCCUGUCGAAUCAGUGUUAUUUGUACUAGCGUUGCAACGAGUCCACUACUAAGCUUUUAUCAUAAUAAUUUUAUUCAGGCACAGUUUGAGGAAAGAAACCUAAAAUUGUUUCAUGAUCACUUGAUCAAUGACUUAAUAUUGAAAUUAUUUCCACAGAAGAAUGUAAUAUAUAUAAAGACAAAUAAUUACAUUAAAUAACAUAUAAAUAUUCAUUAGGCCGCAUAUAACGAGGCAAAAUGACUAAAACUUGACAAUAAUAACUUGUAAUAAAUUUAAAACAUACAGUUAGUAAAUUAUACAUUAAAAUUUUUGAACAGUUUUACAAACUGUCUGUUCAUUGAUCACUUGGACCACAAAAAUAGAAGCCGGCCCUCUUUCUAAGUAUUAUCUUUAGUUAUGAUUAAUGAUCAAUUUGACUGACGUAGGAUUUCUGAAUAGCAAUUAAGUAGGUCACACUAAAUAAUCGUUUGUAUGACAGAGCCAUAGCACAGGAAGCUUUCCUCAGAAAUCCUAUGUUUUACAAGUGUGUAUUUCCUACUGUAAUGCGAUCGGCAAGUCUAUUUUCGCUACAUUUUUAUAUCACCCUGUUUUGCUGCUAGAUUGUAAUCACGUUUAUAUUAAGCCGGCCUCAACAAGUCAACAACGUUUCGGAUUCCUCCUAUAAAGCUCAUAGCAGCCAUAAGGGCAAGUUUAAAAUUUCACUUCGCAUUUAAUGCAUAGUAUUUAAAUUUUGUAUAUUAGUAAAACUCCUAUGUGAUAAUAAAAUAUAUUAAUUCUUUGUGCUAACUUACAAUAAAUUCAUUUUUAUAAACUAUAAUAUGCUAUUUAAUAUUUUCCUUACGAAAAUCAAUUCUAAUUCACUAAGCGCGCUUGGCACGCUGCAUUGGUCUGGAUAAAUACUACAAUAUCUACUACUAUCAUAGUUACGAAAAUAUUGGUGGAAUAUUUCAUCUUCUAUAUAUUUAUCAACUAUGGAUUGUCACACAAUGUAUUAAUAAAAUAUAUAUACAUAUAUAUAUAUAUAUAUUUAAAUUUCGAUGUUUUCUGUGGUUUUUAACUACCAGAAGCUUAUUAUAUCAUUGAGGCACGUACCAACUUUAAAGGUAUAUAUUAUUAUAUAGAUAAAAAGAAAUUUAAAAAAUGCUGUUCGUUAUUUAUAUUAAACGUCUCAACAUAAACUUAUAUAAUAAGAAUUACGUCCAAAAAUGUGAUGUAUUUAAUUUAAUAAUUAAAAGAAAUUAAUAAAUAUUUCUUUAAACUUUAAAUUUUUAAACCUAAUUAUACAUUAUACGUAUACAUAUAUAUAUAUAACGAAAUAAACUGUAUUUGCUGAUGGAACAUCCUCUUGCAUUAUUUAUCGAUUGAAGGGUAAAUACACUUAGCGAAAUCCGUAAUAUGAAGUUUUCAGUAUUUAAUAUAAUAUUCAUAUCCAAGUACUAUAAUGUUUUGAGGUCAUUUGAUCAGAUUCUCAGUACUCAAUUUCUUUCACAACUAAGAAAAUUACGCACUGAGGACAUAAAUGCGCGAAAAUAAUCUAUAUUUUACUCAUAAGUUUGAGGUAAAGCGUAACUAAAAUUCUGACAAUAGUGGUAAAUCGUAUUAAUGCAUAUGCAGAAUAUAAUUCGUCUAUAGAAUCAGAAGCCUGGAGGUACAUUAAAGCAUAGGAUAUUUCAACAGCACAACACAAAACUAGAAUUUUAUGAACCACAGAUUGUUAUUCAAUUAUCUCUUCAAAUUUAAUGGAACAUCACAUUGAUCAAU